GUGACUUCUUGCCCCUUCAAGGUCUGAAGAUGGAGACUGUCUUCUUGUCCCAGUGCAUGCCCAGCCCCUGCCUUCUAAGUUGGCACCUCUCCCAGACCUUUGUGGGAAGCGCCACAGCCCCAUCCCUCCAACCUAAGGAGAAGGGAAGCCGCAGCCUGAUGGUGAGCCGAAUGGGCUGGGGGGGGAGUAGGGGGCGGCUGGGGCACUGGGGCGAGCUGGGGCCUGGCUCAGUGCCCCUGCUCCCCGUGCCCCUGCUGCCCCCUACUCCUCCGCGUCGAGGACCUGGGGGAGGGAGGGUCUCCUUCUUCUCUCUAUCCCCUACCCCUCGUACAAGAAGCUCCUUCUCCUCACCGUUCCCUCCUGCUCUGGGGUCCUCCUGCCCAGUGCUGCAGGGGACAGAGGCCUCUCAGCCUGGCCACAGUGCCCUCCCCAUCCCAGCUACCCCCCCAACACAGGCAAGACCUGCAUCCACACCCGUAUUUGCUUCCUCCUCCUGGGGAUCCCACUCCACCCCACCCCUGGCCUCUGUCACUCCCCCUCCCUCACGCCGGUGCCCCCAGGACCCUCCUGGGCUGCGGAUAGGCCCUCUGAUCCCUGAGCAGGAUUAUGAGCGGCUGGAGGACUGUGACCCUGAGGGGUCCCAAGACUCACCCCUCCAAGGGGAGGAGCAGCAGCCCCUACUUCAUGUGCCUGAAGGGCUCCGGGGCUCCUGGCACCACAUUCAGAACCUGGACAGCUUCUUCACCAAGAUCUACAGCUACCGCCAGCGAAGUGGCUUUGCCUGCAUCCUGCUGGAGGAUGUCUUCCAGCUGGGACAGUUCAUUUUCAUUGUCGGCUUCACAACCUUCCUUCUUCGAUGUGUGGAUUACAAUGUUCUCUUUGCCAACCAACCAAAUAACCGCACAAGGCCUGGGCCAUUCCACAGCAAAGUGAGCUUGUCAGAUGCCAUCCUAUCCUCAGCCCAGUGUGCAGAGAGGAUUCGUGCCAGCCCCCUGCUGGUCUUCCUCCUGGUCCUGGCUGCUGGCUUCUGGCUGUUCCAGUUGCUUCGCUCAGUUUGCAACCUCUUCAGCUACUGGGACAUCCAGGUGUUUUACAGGGAGGCUCUGCACAUCCCCCAGGAGGAGCUCAGCACCGUGCCCUGGGCGGAAGUGCAGUCCCGCCUUCUGGAGCUGCAGAGGAGCGGGGGGCUCUGCGUGCAGCCUCGGCCGCUGACGGAAUUGGACGUCCACCAUCGCAUCCUGCGUUAUACCAACUACCAGGUGGCGCUGGCCAACAAGGGCCUGCUGCCCGCCCGCUGCCCGCUACCCUGGGGAGGCAGUGCGGCUUUCCUCAGCCGCGGCCUGGCCUUCAACAUCGACCUGCUUCUCUUCCGUGGUCCCUUUUCGCUCUUCCGUGGUGGCUGGGAGCUGCCUGAUGCCUACAAGCGCAGCGACCAGCGGGGCGCCCUGGCCUCGCGCUUGGGGCGCACAGUGCUGCUGCUGGCUGCCGUGAACCUGGCGCUGAGCCCGCUCGUUCUGGCCUGGCAGGUGCUACAUGCCUUCUACAGCCACGUGGAGCUGCUGCGACGCGAGCCCGGCGCGUUCGGGGCGCGCCACUGGUCCCGCCUGGCGCGCCUGCAGCUGCGCCACUUCAACGAGCUGCCACAUGAAUUGCACGCGCGCCUGGCCCGCGCGUACAGGCCAGCAAUGGCCUUCCUGCGCGCGGCGGAGCCCCCUGCGCCCCUGCGCGCGCUCUUGGCUCGCCAGCUCGUCUUUUUCUCUGGCGCGCUCUUGGCAGCGCUGCUGGUGCUCACCAUUUACGAUGAGGACGUGCUCGCAGUAGAACACGUACUCACCACCAUGACUGCGCUCGGGGUGACAGCCACCGUGGCCAGGUCUUUCAUUCCCGAAGAGCAGUGCCAGGGGCGUCCCCCGCAGCGUCCCCCGCAGCUCCAGCUGCAGGCCGCCCUGGCGCACAUGCACUACCUCCCAGAGGAUCCCAGCGCUGGCGGCAGGGCCAGUGCCUACGGGCAGAUGGCGCAGCUACUGCAAUACCGAGCGGUCUCUCUCCUGGAGGAGCUCCUGUCCCCACUCCUCACGCCGCUGUUUCUGCUUUUCUGGUUUCGCCCUCGUGCAUUGGAGAUUAUUGACUUUUUUCAUCACUUCACUGUGGAUGUGGCCGGGGUUGGGGACAUCUGUUCAUUUGCCCUUAUGGAUGUGAAGCGCCAUGGCCACCCUCAGUGGCUCUCGGAGGGACAGACAGAAGCCUCCCUGUCUCAGCGUGCAGAGAAUGGAAAGACUGAGCUCUCCUUGAUGCGCUUCUCGCUGGCACACCCACAAUGGCGUCCACCAGGGAACAGCUCUAAGUUCCUUGGGCACCUUCGGGGCCGGGUACAACAAGAUGCAGCUGCCUGGAGUGCUACCUCCACUCGAAGCCCCCCAACUCCAGGGGUGCUCAGCAACUGCACCUCACCUUUGCCAGAGGCCUUCCUGGCCAACCUCCUGGGGAAUCCGCUUCUACCUCCAAGGGACUUGAGCCCCACAGCCCCCUGCCCAGCUGCCGCCACAGCCAGCCUUCUUGCCUCCAUUUCCCGCAUUGCUCAGGACCCCAGCUGUGUGUCCCCAGGAGGCACUGGGAGCCAGAAGGUGGCCCAGCUCCCAGAGCUUGCUUCUGCUGAGAUGAGUCUCCAUGCCAUCUACCUACACCAGCUUCAUCAUCAGCAGCAGCAGGAACUGUGGGGCGAGGCUUCAGCCUCCUCCCCAUCCAGGCCCUGGUCUAGUCCCUCACAGCCAGCCUCGCCUGAUGAGGAGAAGCCAUCCUGGUCCAGUGAUGGCUCCAGUCCUGCCUCCAGUCCCAGACAGCAGUGGGGAACCCAGAGGGUCCGGAAUUUGUUCCAUAGAGGGUUUCAAGAGACCACGGACACCCUGAAGGAACCUGGCCAGGUCCCCAGCACUGACUGAACAGACUCUUCAGGUUCCUGGCUUCUCCAGCUACAGGAGAUUGUGGAUGGGUGUCAUGGAAGGACACACAGAGCCCUACAGAUGACAGUCCAGGAUGCUUUAGUUGGGCAGAACCUGGGGGUCAAUAAGGAACUGGCCCCAGAGAACAGGAAAAGAGUAGGAAAGGAGGCGAUGCCUGUGGUAUGGGGAAACCAGUCUAAGGAAUAGUCCCCACAUAAAGGGGCUAAAGGACAGUGCCCCAACUGGCUGUCUUAGAGCAGUUACCUGGGAAGAAAUUCUCUUGAUAACAAGAUGGAGUUCAGGGGCCCAGAUGGAGAUCAGGCUAAGUGUUAGGAAGACAGUGAGGAACGUGGUCUGCAAGGCAGGGGGGUUCUUCCCUCUGGGGGAAAGGAGCUUCCCCUUUAGGUUCCCAUAAGACUUGGGGAAAAUGGGGCCUUGUGUGUGGAAAAACUAGGGAGGCCUCAUCUUUUGGACUUCAGCAUUGAGGAAGUGGGUGUGGCUUCUUAUCCUGUGUGAAGUAAGCAGUAAAAAUUGCUCAUAGCUGUUUGACAGUAGUCUCUGGCAUGCCCCACUUCUGGCAGCUGAGGGCUGCAUCUGCUUUCCCAAUAAAGAGCAACAGAACAACACAGGAGAAUUGCCUGUGAUUGGCUGGAAACCAUGGUUUUAGA